AACCUCCUUGUCCUUGUUGAACUUGUUUUUUUAUUCUUUUUAGUCAUAAAAGAAAUAUAUAAAAAUGGCGCUAGCGUCAGAGAAAGAGUUACAAAUUGAUAAAUUUUUAAAUAGAAAAAGUUCAAUGGAACCACAAAAAACCUUUGAUUUAACUCAAUGGGAAAGAGAAUUCAGAGAAGAAGCAAACUCAGACGAUGUUGGAGAAAUUAUAGAUUGUAUUCGUAGGUUUAUAGAAUCUAUGAUUAUUUAUGUUUUAAAUGAAAACUAUCAACGACAAACAUUACUUGCAAGAAAAUGUUUUAUAAUGUUAAACUCUGUGCUACAGGAUAUAUUAUUAAAAAAGAAUUUGAGAAAUGAAUUUGUAAAGAACGUCACAGAGCUGAUAUUUGAUAUAAUUAUUGAAGAAAAUGCAGAUUAUUGGUGUAUUAAAAAGGAAUUACUAAAAAAAUUCAACAGUUGGGUCAGUCAAACUAGCCAUGAUAUCAAACUUCAAAUAGUUACUGGAUUAUCCCAAAUGUAUCUUUGCAAAAUGGUUGAUAAUCUUACUUCAUAUGGAGAUUAUGAGCUUCAAUUAACAAUUAUUGAAGCUAUUUUUCGUUUGUAUGGAAAAACGGAAAUUAAUAAAAGAUUAAAAGAUUUGAUACCAGAAUCUGAAGAAUUAAGUCAAACUUUUGCUGAUAUAAAUCCAUCAACAUUUGAUGAAGAUUGCAGAUUAUUUUUAAAUAAUAUCAAUCAGAAACAUGAAAAAAUAUUUUCCAUAAUAUGUGACAGUGUUCUAGUUGGAAAUACUGUCUGUGAGCAACCGACGACUGAUAUAAAUGGUUUGUGGGUAGAUUUUAAUAUAUGCGACAAAGCUGUAUCCUGGCAUUAUCGUAGAACAGCUGGUUCAAAUGAAACCUUUUGGGAACUUAUCACAUUAUUUGUCUCUGAAUUAGAGCAUUUUGAAAUUAAAAGUACUCCCGACAUGUACUGCAUUCAAUUUAUAAUGAGUGGCCAUCUUAUAACUUCUUCUGAGGAAGAUUCGUCAUUUCUGCACCAAUCAAAGAAUGUAAUAAUAAUUUUAAAAAGAAAUGAGAAAGCUGAGCAACUAGUCACAAGCAUACUUCCCAAAUUACUUGAUCAACCACCUCCAAACCCUACGAAAAAAUGUUCUAGAGCAAAAAUGGCCUACAAAUCAUUGGACGUUAAAGUCAGCAAAUCGGCAAAUAAGUCUAUGCUAUCUAAGUCUGAAGUGUCUAGUAUGUAUAAUCCUCUGCAACCAAUGCCUCAUACUUCCAACGAAAGCAAAUCUGUUAAUUCGAGCAAAGACCGCUCUGCAAAUUUAGGUUUAAUUAAAGUGACUUCUGAAUCUGAAGACGAAGUUAUAUCUAUCGCCAGCACAGACGGUUCAAAUACGUAUUUAUCCGUAGAAGACACGUCUCUCAUUGUGAACUCCCAACGCACCCAAAUUUUGUCGGGAAAAUGCACAACAUCUGAUUUUAACUACCGUCAAAUUAUAAGCUCACAGAGUGCUUCUCAAGAUAAUUACUUAACCGCAGAAGGAUAUGUUGAAAAUUCGAUUAAAGUCAGUACAUAUAAGAAUCAUGGAACUAAUAAUUCGUUUACAGAUAAAUUUAAGACAGCGGAAGAAGGGUCAUCGGAAAAUUACAAAGUUCAGAAAUUAUCUAGUGCUAAAAUAUUAAAAGUAUCAAAUAAAUCUAAUUUGAAUAAAAAGAUUUCAAAUCGCGAAAUAAUCGAAGAUUUGAACUCUAUGAAAGUCAAUAUACAUGAAUAUGAUUUAACAGAGAAAGAAAAUCUCAUCAAAGUAAGUCAAGCAAAAUACAAGGAAGAAUCAAAACCAAAAAUUUCUAGAAAUAUUAAUAUUUCACAGAAACAUGCAGAAGAAAUAAAUCAAAUUCGAAAUUUGGACGACUCUAUGGAUUUUGCAGAGAGAAUAAUUUGUUCGUCUGAGGUAAUUCUAAAAUCAGACCAAAAAACUAGUUUGAACAACAUACUUACGCAAGAAGUUGACGCAACAGAAAAUACGAAAUCUAAUUUAAAACAUCGUAAAGAAGACUUAAGUGUACCACAAGAUGAGACAGUAAAGAACACAUCUAAUUUGGGAAUUGUUACAGAAGAAAAUUCUUCACAAAUAGAAAUUUUAGAAUCGAAGAAAGAAAUUACUAAAACACCAAAGAUAUCAAAAAAAAUAUCGCAACAGAAAAUAAAAAGUGCCGAGGAACGACAAAUAUAUAAUGAAAUUGUUGAAAGAGAACAAAUAGAUGUAAUUCAAAAAGUUUCAAAAUUUAAAAAUAAAAUCUCUAUAGUUGGACAUAUAAUGACAGAAACAAAUGCAUUUUUAGGAGAAGGUUCUUCGAAACCGUAUAAAAACCAAUCUAAGAGAGUACAUUUGGUGGAUGGUACAGCUAAGAAAGAAACUUUUUUGGAAGAUGUAGGACAACAAAAAAUUAUUCAAAGAACAUUAAAUACUGCGAAGAAAAUAUCAAAGUCUGAAACUCAAGAGACAAAACUUGCGAAAGAUGCAGAAACAUUUAAACCAGGCGAAAGUUUCUCAAACUUAAAACAAACUGUAGAAUCGAAAACAAAAAGUGAACAGGAAGAGAAAAUAUGUUUAAAAGCACCUGAAGAAAAUAUACCACCAAAACCUGUUGACAAUAUUCUUCAAGAAAAAAUUGAACGACAAAGAACUAUGUAUCCAAAACGACGAACUCUGGAAUCCAGAAAUUUUAUAGAAGAAAAAACUAGAACCACAAAAUCUGAAAAAUCAUAUAAAAGGCGAAUUUCAACAGAUGAAGAAUUGAAUGGCGUUAAAGAUAUAACGAAAAAUACCGAAAUAAUUUAUACUGAAGAACCUGUAAUGUUAUCUGCUGAAGAUGGCGACGAAGCAAAACAUAAGGAAACUGAAAAGAACAGGCGCAGAUAUUCUAAGCGAUCAACUAUCAUAUCAACAACUAAAAAAAUUACGUCAGAUGAUGAACAAUUAAGUGACGCUGGAAAUAUAAUAAAAGACACCGAAACAACGGAUAUAAAAGAACGUGUAAUAUAUGUAGGAGAUAGCGAUGAAGAAAAACCUAAGGAAACUAUCGACAAGAAGCGCAGAUACUCUAUGCAACCAACUAUACUACCUUCAGAUGACGACAGCCAUAAAGAAGAACCUAAGGAAACUGAAAAUAGUAAGCGCAGAUAUUCUAAACGGCCAUCUAUACUACCGCCAGAUGAAGACUUAAUGAUAAAAGACACCGAAACAACAGAUAUAAAAGAACCUGUAAUAUUUGUAGGAGAUGGCGAUGAAGAAAAAUCUAAAAAAUCUGACUACAAGAAGCGCAGAUAUUCUAAGCAACCAAUUAUAAUAACAACAGCUGAGAAAGUUAAGUCAGAUGAUGAAGACUUGAGUGGUGCUGAAGAUUUAAUAAAAAAUAACAAAACCCAUGUAGGAUAUGGUGAUAAAGAAGAACCUAUGAAAACUGAUAAGAAGCGCAAAUAUUCUAAGCAACCAACAAUAGCAUCGCCAACUAAAAAAAUUACGUCUGAUGAUAAAGACUGGAAAACAACAGAUAUUAAAGAACAAAGAAACAAGCGCAGAUAUUCUAAGCGACCAACUAUACUUUUAGAUGAUGAAUACUUAAGUGGCGCUAAAGAUAUAAUAAAACAUACAGAAACAGCAGAUAUUAAAGAACAUAUAAUAUCUGACCAUAGCCAUAAAGAAAAACCUAAGGAAACUAAAAAGAACAAGCGCGGUUAUUUUAAGCGAUCAACUAUACUACCGUCAGAUGAUGAAGAUUUAAAUGACGCCGAAGAUAUAAUAAAAGACACCGAAACAGCAGAUAUAAAAGAACCUGUAAUAUCUGUAGAAGAUGGCGAUGAAGAAAAAGCUAAGAAAAUUGACGAUAAGAAGCGCAGAUAUUCUAAGCAACCAAUUAUAAUACCAACAGCUGAGAAAGUUAAGUCAGAUGAUGAAGACUUGAGUGGUACUGAAGAUUUAAUAAAAAAUAACAAAACACAUGUAGGAUAUGGUGAUAAAGAAGAACCUAUGAAAACUGAUAAGAAGCGCAGAUAUUCUAAGCGACCAACAAUAGCACCGACAACUAAAAAAAUUACGUCUGAUGAUGAAGAAUGGAAAACAACAGGUAUUAAAGAACAAAGAAACAAGCGCAAAUAUUCUAAGCGACCAACUAUACUUUUAGAUGAUGAAUACUUAAGUGACGCUAAAGAUAUAAUAAAAAACACCGAAACAGCAGAUAUGAAAGAACGUGUAAUAUCUGUAUGUGGCGAUGAAACUGACGAUAAAGAUAUAAUAAAACAUACAGAAACAGCAGAUAGUAAAGAACAUAUAAUAUCUGACCGUAGCCAUAAAGAAAAACCUAAGGAAACUAAAAAGAACAAGCGCGGUUAUUUUAAGCGAUCAACUAUACUACCGUCAGAUGAUGAAGAUUUAAGUGUCGCCGAAGAUAUAAUAAAAGAUACCGAAACAGCAGAUAUAAAAGAACCUGUAAUAUCUGUAGGAGAUGGCGAUGAAGAAAAAUCUAAGAAAACUGACGACAAGAAGCAAAGAUUUUUUAAGCAACUGACUAUGAUACCAACAUCUAAGAAAGUUAAAUCAGAUGAUGAAGACUUGAGUGGCGCUGAAGAUUUAACAAAAAAUAACAAAACAACAAAUAUAAAAUAUGGCGAUGAAGAAGAACCUAAGGAAACUGAAAAGAAGAGCAGAUAUUCGAAGCGACUAACUACAACACUACCAACUAAAAAAAUUGCGUCUGUUGAUAAAGAAUGGAAAUCAACAGAUAUUAAAGAACAUAUAUUAUCUGACCAUGACUAUGAAGAAAACCCUAAGAAAAAUGAAAAGAGCAAGCGCAGAUAUUCUAAACGAUCAACUAUACUACCGUCAGAAGUUGAAGAUAUCGAAACAGCAGAUAUGAAAGAACCAGUAAUAUCUGUAGGACAUAGCGACGAGAAAAAACCUAAGGAAACUGAUGACAAGAAGGGCAGAUAUGCUAAGCAACCAACUAUAAUACCAACAGCUAAGAAAGUUAAGACAGAUGAUGAAGACUUGAGUGGAACCGAAGAUUUAACAAAAAAUAAAACACAUGUAGGGUAUGGUGAUGUAAAAGAACCUAUGAAAACUGAUAAGAAGCGCAGAUAUUCUAAGCGACCAACAAUAACACCACCAAAUAAAAAUAUUACGCCUGAUGAUGAAGAAUGGAAAGCAACAGAUUUUAAAGAACAAAGAAACAAGCGCAGAUAUUCUAAGCGACCAACUAUACUUUUAGAUGAUGAAGACUUAAGUGACGCUAAAGAUAUAAUAAAAAACACCGAAACAGCAGAUAUGAAAGAACGUGUAAUAUCUGUAUGUGGCGAUGAAACUGACGAUAAGAAUCGCAGAUAUCCUAAACGACAAAUUAUAAAACCAAUAACUAAAAUAAAUGCAUCAGAUGAUAAAGAAUUGAGCGAUACUGAAGAUGUGGAGAAACAUAAAGAAGCUGAAGAAAAGAAGGGUAGAUAUCCAAAGCGACGACGAACUAUAACAUUAGCAAUGGAAAAGGAUAUAUCUGUUAAUGAAUUAAAUAAUGAAGAAAAUAAAAAAGAAAUAAGUGCUGAAGAUAGUAUCCUAGCAAAAGAUCAAAUAACACAGAUCAGGGAAGGAAAUAAAGAAAAAAACAAACAAGAAUAUGAGUCAACUAUUGAAGAAAGCAGAAACCUCGACGAUAAGAAACAAAGAUAUUCUAAGAAACAAAGUGUGUCUAAAAAAAAUGAAGGCUAUGUCGUUGAAAAACCUAAACGUGAUUCAGAAAUUAUUAAUACUGAGCAUAUAGAAUCAAACGAAGGCCAUAAAAUAAAAGUAAAAAAAAGUAUAAAGAAUAAAAAAUAUGAAAAAGAAAGUAGUUUUAAGGAAUCAUAUGAAGAGUCCAAAACUAAAGACAAGGAUGAAAACAACCGUGAGCACGUAAUGCAAGGACCAAAAAAAUAUGAAGAUGUCAAUAUUGAAGAAUCGAAAAACGUUCCGGAAAAUAUAGAUGCUAAGAAAUGGGCUUCAAACUCUGAUUUUAAAAACAAAAGCACUGAUAAUAUUCUAGCAACUGUGCUGGUUAGCAAUAUUAACGAUACUGUUGAAAAUGUUGAAUCUCCAAUACUUUCACAACAUUUGUCAAGUGCUCGUUGCGUCUCAACAACACCAAAAUAUAAUAGUGAAAGUGAAAAUAUAAACAAUUCUAAAAAAUUAUCAGAAAAAAUUAAAACCGCACACCCAUAUUCAACCCCUACAUCUGAAGAACAGUUAAAUCUAAAAGUGACAACAUUAACAGACGCUUUAGACAACGGAAUAACGCUAAGUCAACUUGAGGCUUAUGAAGUACCUACGCAAAAAAAUACUCCAAGCGUUAUGGAAAAAUCAAAUAAAUUCCAACAAAGAUACAUAAAAAUUGGAAAUAACUUGUCUGAUACUUCAGAGGAGUAUGUACCACUAAAUUCUGAAAUUCAACCAAUCAUUGACUCAGAAAAGAAAUUUGACAAUUUGGCCAAACAAAAUUUUUCUGAAGGUAUUUUACCAAUCGAGCAAAUGAACAAAAAAACAGAUGAAAGUAAAAAUGAUACAAUAACAAAAAGUGAAGAUAGGAUACAUUUAACUCCUAGUCCUGAUAAAAGAGAUGUUGAUGUUAAAAGUCAUAGGAAUGAUUUUGGAAAAGAAUCUCAAUUAAGUUCAAGUGUUAAAAUCACUUCAUCUCACGAAAAACAGUUUGCACAAUACCAGAGUCAAAACCAAAUAAAGGAUCAACAUGAAAACGUUAUCGGUGAUAUAACUAUUCAUCCUUCACUACUAAGUAAGGGUUCAGUACAAAAAAUGGUCGACACUCCUUUAAAAACAAAUGGCCAAGAACAUCUGACAGAAAAAGUAAAAGUGGUUCAAUUUGACGUUAAAUCGAACUCAAAUUCUUCUAUCACAACUAGAGAUUUAAACCAAACAAUUUCAACGUCAUUCAGUGCAAGGAAACGUAAAUUAUACUAUCCAGAUGAAAUGAUUGUAAUAAAUAUGGAGGAUUCAUUGUUAGAAGUAAAGAAACCUAAAAAAAUAAUUAAAGAAAUUCAAAAAGAUGUUUCAGAUACUACAAUAUUUACAAAACGAAAAUUUCGAACAGAACAAAGUGAAAAACCAAUUAAAAAUACAACGAAGGACUUGGAAACAAUAAGUAAAGCAAAGUCUGAUGAGCCUAAGACUACAUCAUGUAUCAAAAAUAACAUAAUGGACGAAAUAGAAAAACAUUUUUCGGCCGAUGUACAAGAUCCGAAACGCGGGGCGGUUAAAAAAGAGGGUAGAGAAAAUGCACAAUCAAAGUCUUUCAACUUCAAAAUUAAUUCGACAAAACGUACUAGCAUCGGCCGUAAAAAUGUAACCACAAUUGGAGUUGUUCUAGAUGAAGAGAAACAAUUCAACAAAACCAUGCAUAAACGCAAGAAACUGAAUACAACCAUUAGCUCAAACAAUUCGAUGGUCAAAUUAAAGUCGCAUUUUGAACGCAUGUUAGAUUCAUGGCGUCAAGAUGCUUCCAAAGGAAGUAGCCUUAUAGAUUAUUUAAAUGACAACAGGGGCAAAGAAAAGAAGGGAAAAACGAAAAUUUCUGAAAAGAACAGGAAACUUUCCAUUAAAAAUGUGAAGGAAAAAACUCGCAAAACCGGAAAAACGAGUACUCCUAAAGACAAAAGAAACGCAAAUCGAGCCCUUAAAAAUAAUUCGAUGGAUAUUUCUAAUAUUGAUGACGAACAUGUGAAACGAAGGAGAGCCAAAAAAUAUGCGCCAGUUUCAACUAUGGCGGAGAAUACAAAAAAUAUUGUAGAUAUUGUUGGUAAGCAUUCACAGAGGACAAGAACUAAUAAUAAUAAUAAUCCAGUUUUGAUAGAUAAUUUGAAUAAAAAUAAACAAUUUACUGAUAGUAAAAAUAACGAAAAUGCCGAUGGAAAUAUGGAUUUGAGUAUACAGUUAAGUUUGGCAGAUGCUACUACAAAAAGAUCAACAGAUAAAAAACUAAAAGAAAAUCGCAAUAAAAUUGUGAUACUUUCUGAUAUUCAGUUGGUUCCUGGUAAUCGAGCUCCUCAAACAAAAAGAUCAGAGGACCAAUACAAGAGCGAAGUUACUGAAUAUAUUUCACAAAAAUCAAAUGUUGAAGAACCUACAAUGGGCCAUAAUCCUGAUCCGGAAAAGAUGUGGUAUAUUGAAGGUCUUAUGUAUCAACUGGCUCCCAGCUGGACUGCUACUGCUCUUUUUAAUGAUAAACCAGUUACAAUUAAAUCGAGCGACUAUAUUGGAAAAUAUUUAGUACUAUUUUUUUAUCCCUUAGAUUUUUGUGAUCAUCCAUAUGCACAGCCUCCUUCCGAAAUUUUUGCCAUUGAUAAUUCCUAUGAGUCUUUUAUUGAAUUAAAUACAGAAGUAAUUGGCUGCUCAAUAGAUUCCUAUUUUACACACCGUGCAUGGUUAAAUUAUGAUAAAAAUAGCAAUUUUAAAAAUCUUAAAUUUCCUCUAUUGGCAGAUAACAAUCAUAAGAUUUCAAAAGCAUAUAUGAUGUACUCUGAGAAGUUGGGUCACUCAUACAGGGGCUUUUAUAUAAUGGAUCCAGAAGGAAUUAUUUUUGCAAUAGCAGUGGCGGAUCUGAAUGUUACUAUACCUCUGGAUGAAAUGUUUAUUAGAAUUCGAAAGCAUCAGGAACGUAAUUCUAUUUAAGUUUGAGUAUAAGAAUAAUUUUGUAAUUAUA